AUGGUCGUACAAAGCAAGCAUUUCCUGAACACAGCACCCUCUCUCGUGCUCGAUUCCUUAGAAGGACUGUGCGCAAUCAAUACACAACUAGCUCUUGAUCCGAUCCAUAGAGUCGUCUACCUUGCUGAUCAGGACCGCUCCAAAGUUGCUCUCCUCUGUGGAGGUGGUUCUGGUCAUGAGCCAUCCCACUCAGGUUUCGUAGCUGCUGUGUGUGGACAUAUCUUUGCCUCUCCAAGUGCUGGUCAAGUUCGCCGUGCAGUAGAUCUGAUCGACAACAAAAGAGGGAAUUACACCGGCGAUGUCCUCAAUUUUGGUCUAGCCAAAGAAGAAUAUGCGGCCCGUUAUCCCGACAAAGCUGACCGUGUCAAGUUCGUCAUCGAAAAAACCCAAGGUAGUAUUGUCGGAAGACGGUGUUGUCUCGUCUACAAAAUUGCAGGCGCCUUGGCCCAAACUGGUGCCUCUGUAGAUGAGGUCUACGAUAUCGCCCAGUACGUUUCCUCUAGGCUCGGUACUAUAGGGGUUGGUCUGGACCACUGUCAUGUCCCUGGAACCGCUAUUCCGAUACAUAUUUGGGUGCGAUAUGAACUCGAAAUCGGUCUCGGAAUUCACAACGAAAGUGGUCACCAACGGUCUUUCGUUCCCUUCAAGAAUGACGGCACAGACCGUGUUGUUCUUCUCGUCAAUAACCUCGGCGGUCUCAGUGAACUUGAACUCGGCGGAGUAGUCGCCGAAGUGAGGCGUGCUCUGGAUAAAUCUGGGAUUAAGAAUCAUGCGCCUGCUUUCUGGCUCUUUCAUGGUUAUCUCAACAUGCCCGGAUUUUCAAUUACGAUGCCUCCUUCUCCCCGCCGAAAACGACACGGGGAACUCCAACCGCUGAUUUCAUUCCUUUCCUUACUCGACGACAGUAUCAACACCCCAGGAUGGAAAUGGUCUUCUAGGUCUGUCCCAAGCCACCAUCUGUCUUUUCGUCCCUCCCGACUGCAACCCACGCGAAGGCCUGGUCAGCCUCACUCAAAGCCCCCCGAUGUCGAUCAAUUCAACAGUGCUAUAGAGCGUGCAUGCCGGGCCCUCAUUAUUGCUGAGCCCGAGAUUACUCGCAUGGACAACAUCGCUGGUGAUGGGGACUGCGGACUUACGCUCAAAGAUGGUGCUACAGAGGAUGCGAUGGGAGGAACUAGCGGAGCCCUCUAUUCAAUCUUCUUCUCUGCCCUCGCUCAAGCGCUCGCUAAAAGCUCCUCCUCGAUCGCCACACAAGAAGUAUGGUGCACGGCGUUAGAAGCUGCUCUAGGUCGUUUAUAUACUUACACUCGGGCACGUCCCCCUUCUCGUACACUAGUCGACCCUCUCACUGCCUUCAUCGGUGCACUGUCGUCCGGCCUUGCGGCAGCCGUGAAGGCUGCUAGAGAAGCUGCUGAAGGGACGAAAGACAUGGAGGCAAAGGCCGGUAGGAGCGCAUAUAUUGAUAGCACAAAGCUAAAGGCUGAGCGAGUUGCCGAUCCUGGGGCAUGGGGCGUGAAAGUUGUGGUGGAGGCCCUAGCUCAGUGA